CUAGCAUCAUCUGCUAAGAAAACGGUGUUUUUAAAGGGAAACCAAGGUUGUUGAGGUCUGAGGUGGCUUAGCGGGUUGAAGGUUGCUGCUGGUUGCAGGGCCCUGUGGAGCAGAAGAGCUGUGCCAUUCCCCCUAUUUUUCCCCUUGUGUGUUUCCCUGUGUGUUAGUGACCCCGCACCCCCACCCACCCUCCACCUGACCCCUCCUGUCGUGUUGCCCUUCCUGCCCGAAGCCCCCCUCUCAACCCAUGCUUGGGACAAAGCCAGCUCACUGCCAGCCCAAUGACUGCCUGGAUCGUCCUGCCUGUCAGCCUGUCUGCCUUCUCCAUCACAGGAAUAUGGAUAGUGUACGCCAUGGCUGUGAUGAAUCACCACGUUUGUCCUGUGGAGAACUGGUCUUACAAUGUAACGUGCACAGAGGAGCUGCCCCGACCAGGCUUCCCAAAGACAUGCUGCACCAUCCAGGACAUCCCCCUCAUCAGUAAAUGUGGCUCCUUCCCUCCUGAAAGUUGCCUGUUCAGCCUCAUUGGCAACGUUGGAGCCUUCAUGGUGGUGAUGGUGUGCCUUCUGCGCUACGCCCAGGUCAUCGAACACAGCCAUCGAUGUUGGGUGAACACCAGCGCUCUGGUGUCCGGCUGCACCAACGCUGUGGGUCUGGUCAUGGUGGGAAACUUCCAGGUUGAUCACGCCAAAUCUCUCCAUUACGUUGGUGCUGGGGUGGCAUUUCCAGCAGGGCUGCUGUUUGUGUGCCUGCAGUGUGUGCUCACCUACCGGGUGGCAGUGACCGCCCUUGACUACUGGAUGGCCCACUUCCGAGUUGCUCUGGCACUGGGUGCCAUGAUCUCCCUCGUCCUCAGUGGCAUCUUCUUCAUCCACGAGAGCUUCGUCCUGCAGCACGUCGCUGCCAUCUGCGAGUGGGUCUUCACCGUGGACAUCCUGGUCUUCUACGGCACCUUCACCUACGAGUUCGGCACCGUCACCAGUGAAACCAUAAUGACCUGCUUGCAGCAGAGCCACCACCUCGGCUCGGGGGUCAUCAUCGGCCCCAGGGCGCGGGGCUCGGCGAUGGGCAGUGCGACCAAGGGCCUCAAAUCCCCCGGGGGAAGCAGCACAUCCACACAUCUCAACUGUACCCCUGAGAGCAUAGCCAUGUUGUAGCUCUGCAGCAGCCCCACGUCUCCCUGCAGAGGGGCUUCAGGGGCUUCCCUCGGACGGAGAGACGGCAGAGGCAGCAUGUGGAGAGAGAAAGAAGUUCUUGUAUCUUUAUCCAUCGAACCAACACCAAUCUAUAACACUAUCUUCUAUUUUUAUUCCAAACAUUGGUGAAAGCCCCCUACAGUCAAAGUCACCGUCUCUGCAGCGAUGUUGACAGGAGGGCUGAAUGUGUGGAGCCAGUCUGAGUACUGGAACCAUGAAUGUUUUCCAAGAUGGCUGUUUAUUGGGCAGUUCUUCACUAGAGUAGUUCUUUUAUAAAUGUGCAUCACCAGUAUGCCCACAAAGUCCCCCCCCCCCCCUCCGACACUCUCAUGAUCGACCCGAUGCUUUGUGGCCCACCUGUUCUGGCCUUUUUCAUAUCUCUGCACGGCACACUUUUUGAACGAGAGAAAAACAAUUCAUGUUUCAGUUUGCAUAGUGAGUAGAAAAUAUUGAAUGUUUGAGAAGUGACUAGUCAACAGUUAUGUAUGUAUGUUUGCCAGGCUUUAAGCACAUGGCCUUUUUAUUCAAUUGAGCCCAAAUUAUCCAGAAACAAAUCAUUUCUGCUGGCUGUUUAAUUUGGCUGCACAGACAAAUUACGAUGGUAUUUAACACAAAUAUUUACACGCGUUUCAUGAGCCAUUUUCAUUCUUGAGGUCACAAUCCAUUAUACUGACACAAGAGAGCAGAAAGGCUGCUCAAAAUGUUAUCGACCUGUUCGACUGUAAAAUGCAAACAUCAUCAAGUGCAUCACAAUCACAUUUGAAGUGAGAGUCUGUGAAGUCCUAUCAUGACUUUCUCCAAAAGAUGCUCCUUUGAUUACUGUCUUUUCACAUUUCAUGCUACCUUACCUUCAUUCAUGUCCGGUGCAAUAAUUAACAUCAAUCACCUGAUGAUUCGAGCUCCCUGGGAGGGAAAUAUGCCUUUUUUCAGUGAGUUGGAGUUGAACACAGGGAUUUUGUUUUUUAAGAAGUGACAAAGAUAUUUGAAGUGACCUACAGCUUAUAGAAAAACUCAAAUCUGACAAUAUUACAGACCUUGUGUACACACUGAUUUAAUUCCAGGCUGGACCGCUGGAAGCCUUAUUUGAGUUUUAAGAAUCUUUUUUUGUUAAAUAUAAUGUUACGUGAAGCCUUUUUAGUUGUUUUAGGGGGCGUUUUGUCUGCAGGAGAGACCUGAGAGGUGAAUAUGGUGCCUGUUGAAUUCGUGCCAUAAACCUCAUGGUGUCAGAAAAGUGUUACAGAUACUGCUAAAGGUUUAUUUGAUAAUGAGGUUUUGUUUUUAUUUCCUGUUGCUAUUUUCUCCUGAAGUGAUAACCACAUUUGCAGACUGCCACAAACAAGCACUGCUCAAAGUAAAACUGACAAAUGCCAACACGUUCACGUUACACAGAUUACGCUUCUGUUCAGGUUUGUCUAUUGAACUGUUUGAGAGGUUUGCUUUAUUACCCACAAAUACACUCACAGCGCUCUGUCAUCUGUGUAGUGUUGAUCCAUCUUUGAACAGUCUAACCACUGGAUGCCAGCAAUAUGUGUUUUGAAAAAGGUCACAUCACCUACCUCUUUAUCUUUUGUGGGUCUGAUGUUUUGAGGAUUAAGUUUGAGUUCCAGCACGCUUUCCAUCUUACAAUGGUUUUAAGAAGAGUAUUUCAUGUGUCGGUGUUUCAGCAGUCUUACAAAGAUCUGUUAGUCAGGAGCUGCUGUUAUAAAAGAUGUGUAAUCAUGUUUCAGGUCACUUUUCUUUCCUUUUGUGCAAAUGUUUUAUCUACCUUUUUCUUUCUGGGACUGCAGCAAUUCUGAUCCUGCCAAAAACAAAGAGUGGAAUCCACUGGAGUGUUGUUGGUUUUCUGUCUGUCAGCAGUAGGUGUAUGAAUCCGUAUGAGUGCACUGUUUUAGCCUUAUCCCUUCUCCUGUGACAGGGGAACAGUUCCUUUUUUUGUUUUCUAUGAUUUUUGUGUUCAGCUGUAGCCUAUUUCACCAAACUGUAAUUAUGUCACAAGAAGUGACUACAACCGGCAGCUUGUAUGACCCUCACAUCAGGGUUUGGAUCUAUUCUGUAACGGCAUCUACUUCAUAACACCAUGCUCACAGGCCAAACGUUCAAGGUGUUUUCUUUUUGUUCCGUCAGUAUAUACCACAUAUGGUAUCUCUGUUAGUGGGAGAAAGGCUGCCUGACAUGUACAAGUCUUGAACUCCAGUUACAACACAGAAACAAUUAUGUAUUAGUCUCAUUUCCUGGUUUGAAAAAAAUCUGUAAGAGAAUUGUUACGGAAGAGUCCGAGAAAUCCCCCAAAAACAAGUCCACACAGAUGAUUUUGUUUCCUUUUAUAAAGUCUGUAAAUAUGUAUGAUUUGUCUAUCAUUUAGGUAUUUUCAUUUGACAGAGAUUUAUAUUCAAAUAUGAAAUAAAAAAGAUAAAUUAUUA